UGGAGAAUGACCUCAAAAUGUCCAUCAGGAAUGUAUUGUCAGAGAGGAAAUGACAUGACUUCAAGACGAGCUAACUCAUAAGAAAAUGACUUCCAUUGCAAUGAGUCCUCGAGCGCCACGCCUACGGGAUAUUUUCCAAACUGCAGCCUUCAGCCACGACUGCAACCCGCAAUCCAUUUUCAUUUCUCAUGAGUCAGCGGACUCCAUGUCUGGGAGGACCGGGGAAGGACGCUCUGGCCGCACUAGAUGCUUGGGGCGACGACUAUGAUCAUGGAAGACACCCAGGUUAUUAACUGGGAAGUUGAACAAGAAGAGGAGGUUGAAGAGAGACCCAGUGAAUCUUUGGGGUGUAGCUUGGAGCCCCUUGGGCGACUGCGUAUCUUCAGUAGUUCCUAUGGACCAGAAAAAGAUUUCCCACUAUACCUUGGGAAGAAUGUGGUAGGCCGAAUGCCUGAUUGCUCUGUGGCCCUGCCCUAUUCAUCUAUCUCCAAACAACAUGCAGUGAUUGAAAUCUUGGCCUGGGACAAGGCGCCUGUCCUCCGGGAUUGUGGAAGCCUCAAUGGUACUCAAAUCCUGAGGCCUCCUAAGGUCCUGGGCCCUGGGGUGAGUCAUCGUUUGAGGGACCGGGAGUUGAUUCUCUUUGCUGACUUGCCCUGCCAGUACCAUCGCUUGGAUGUCCCCCUGCCCUUUGUCUCCCGGGGCCCUCUAACUAUAGAGGAGACACCCAGGGUACAGGGAGGAACUCAACCCCACAGGCUUCUGUUGGCUGAGGACUCAGAGGAAGAAGUAGAUUCUCUUUCUGAGAAGUGUGUGGUGAAAGGACCAAGGACCUCCUUUUUGGCAACAGUAGUUCCAGAGAGCGAUGAAGAGGGACCUUCCUCUGCCCUGGAUGUCCCUGGGCCACCUUUUGCCUUCAACUUGAACAGUGACACAGAUGAGGAAGAAAGUCAGCAACCAGGAGCAGGGGAGGGCUCCUCAGCUGCCAGAAGAGUCACCGCUGCAGAGACAGAACAGCCUAAACCUGUCACAACUGGAAUCCAGCUUGAAAAGGAUCAGUGUUCAGUGAAGGAGAAGAACAAUGACACGAAAGUUGAGAGGAGCGCGAGGAGUAGGGUGGUUCCAGUUGGAGUGAUUCUGGAGAGGAGCCAGCCUGCUGGGGUGGACAGUGACACAGAUGUGGACGAUGAGAGCGGGCCUCUGAGAAGGCUCACUGGGGUCCAUCUGGAAAGGGCCCAGCCUUGUGGCUUCAUAGACAGUGAUACUGAUGUGGAAGAAGAGGGGAUCCCUGCGACCCCAGCUGUAGUUCCUGUGAGGAAGAGGCACAUCUUCCAUGAAGUUGGUACAGAGAGUCCUCGGGCACCUGGCGUGGCACAUCAGCAGGAGAGCCCGGCUGGUAGUGAUACAGAUAUAGAGGAGGGGGAGGCCCCCCUGACUGUCCCUCUGGACAAAAGCCGAGCCUCCGUCGUGAUCGAUAGCAAUACAGAUGACAAGGAAGAAGUCUCAGCAGCUCUCACGCUGGCACAUCUAAGAGAGAGCCGGGCCGUUGCGUGGAACAGAGAUCCAGAUGCAGAAAACGAUAGGUCCCAACCGGUGGCCCUUCUGGAGCAAAGCCAAGCCUCUGCUGGGAGAGACAGUGACACAGACGUGAAGGAAAAGGGGCUCCCAGUGGAGAAGACAGGAACUGUUCCCAGGGGUCACACGGGCAAGGCAUAUUCAGAAAAGAGUCAUCCUCCUCUCAGGGACAGUGAUACAGAGGUGGCGGAAGAGAAGAGCUCACCAGGGUUCCACCUGGAGAGAAGCCAAGCCUCUGCCACAGUGCAUAUCAACACACAAGUGGUGGAGGAAGUCCCACCACGGCCAGCUGUUAUACUUCUGGAGAAGCAUCAAGUACCUGUAGCAUGGACACAUCAAACAGAUGUGGAAGCUGAAGGAGGCCCAGCAAAGCUGCCUGUGGUGUAUCUAGAAGAAGCCCAGCCUCCUCUCGCUGGGGACUGUGACCCAGAUGCGGAGAAGAACACAUCCUUAGCAGCCUCAGCAGUGGCAGAUGUAAGAAAGAGCCAGCUUCAGGCAGAAGAUACUGGGACAGAGUGGGCUGUAGCCGUUCUUGAACAGGGCAGGGCUUUUAUGGCUGGGGCCCAGGGUGGGUCACCCGCGGCCCAAGUGGAGCAGGACCUUCUCCCUGUCUCAAGGAAUAACAUAGCAGAUCUGGUGGUGGACACAGGCACUCCAGGGGAACCCACCCAGCCACAGAGACAGGGGGCCCAGACCCCCACAGAAGGGGAGAGAGAACCACAUGUGGAUAGGACCAUGGACUCUGGAGACAACCACGAUGAUUCUGAAGAUCUGGACCUGCAAGCUACCCAGUGCUUUGUGGAGAGAGAGAAUCAGAGCCUGGAAGUCCCCAGCAUGGAGGAUGAACCCACCCAGGCCUUCCUGUUUACUCUGCCCCAAGAGCCUGGCCCUUCCCGUUGCAGCUUCCAGGCCACAGGUUCCUUGGAUGAGCCAUGGGAGGUCUUGGCUACACAGCCAUUCUGUCCGAGAGAGUCUGAAGCCUCUGAGACCCAGCCCAUUGCCACCCACAUUGAAGCCCAUGCAUCUUGCCCCUCUCCACCUAUGGCAGCACCACAAGAGCAACAUCCAGAGAGUCCAGUUCAUGCAGAGCCACUGGGGAUUCAAGGCAGAGGGAUGCAGACUGUGGAGGAAGACAUGGGUACACCAAGAGAGACAGCAGAGAGGGUGACCCCUGAGAGAGGGCCAUUGGAGAGGGAAACUGAGAAACUGCCCUCGGAAGGAGAGAGGGAAGAUGUGAUGGGAGAGGAAGAAUCAACGAAGGGGAUACAGGACAGAGAACAAAAACAGGUGUUAGCUAGAGAUACUCAGAAACAAGAGUCUGACAAAAAAGUAAAAAGUGCAAGUACUGAAAGGGAUAUGGAGAGUUUGAAGGUAGAAAUUGAGACACCCGAGGAAAUACAAGAGAAAGAGAGAGAAAAGCAGACUCUUACAAGAGAAAUAUUUGACAGAGAAGCAGAGAAACCAGUAGCAGAGAGAGAGUGUGAGGCAGGUGGGUUACAAGGGAAGGUACCCAAAGUGAUGCUGGACAGAGGCCCACAGACAGGGGAGACAGAGGCGGGGGGCCAGGACCAGAAAGGCCAGGCCUCAGGUUCGACACCAGAGCCUGGAGCGGGGGCAGGAGACCUUCAGGGACUUGCUUCAGACCCCAUAGCUUCUGGGAGCCAGUCAGGUGGAGGAAGGGGUGCCCCAGUGAGCCCCAGGAGGCAGCAGAGAGGCUACUUGAAGUGCAAGAUGCCACCUGCUGAGAAGGCUUCCAGGGGUGAUCAGGAAUCCCCAGAUGCUUGUCGGCCUCCUGCACUGCAGGAGGCUUCAGCGCCUCUCCAAAACCCCCUCAUCUCUCACAGCCAGAAACAUCCUGCCCCUCAGUCCCUCCUUUCGCCCUCUCCACCUCCUUUAGAACCGCCCAUUCCCAGGACCAGACAAAAUGAGAGUCAGGAAGCUCUGGAGACUCCCUUUUCCUCAGAGCUGGACUCUCUUCACCCAAAACCCAAAGUCAAGCCCCAAGGGUCCUCUCCAGUUUCUUCUGUACCCCUUGAGCCCCACCCUACCGCCUCCACAGACCAGCUUGUCACCCCCAAGCCCACAUCUCGGGCCACUCGGGGCAGGACACUUAGGUCCUCUGUCAAAACCCCUGAACAAAAUGUCUCCACAGCCCCUGAACUCCAGCCUUCUGCCCACACAGACCAGGCUGUCACCCCCAAACCCACAUCUCGGGCCACUCGGGGCAGAACACAGAGGGCUUCUGUCAAGACUCCCGAACCAGUUAUCUCCACAGCCCCUGAGCCCCAGCCUUCCACUCCCACAGACCAGGCUGUCACCCCCAAACCCACAUCUCGGGCCACUCGGGGCAGGACACAGAGGGCUUCUGUCAAGACUCCCGAACCAGUUAUCGCCACAGCCCCUGAGCCCCAGCCUUCCACUCCCACAGACCAGCCUGUCACCCCCGAACCCACAUCUCAGGCCACUCGGGGCCGGACACAGAGGGCUUCUGUCAAGGCUCCCGAACCAGUUAUCUCCACAGCCCCUGAGCCCCAGCCUUCCACUCCCACAGACCAGGCUGUCACCCCCAAACCCACAUCUCGGGCCACUCGGGGCAGGACACAGAGGGCUUCUGUCAAGACUCCCGAACCAGUUAUCUCCACAGCCCCUGAGCCCCAGCCUUCCACUCCCACAGACCAGGCUGUCACCCCCAAACCCACAUCUCGGGCCACUCGGGACAGGACACAGAGGGCUUCUGUCAAGACUCCCGAACCAGUUAUCUCCACAGCCCCUGAGCCCCAGCCUUCCACUCCCACAGACCAACCUGUCACCCCCAAACCCACAUCUCGGGCCACUCGGGGCAGGAUACAGAGGGCUUCUGUCAAGGCUCCCGAACCAGUUAUCUCCACAGCCCCUGAGCCCCAGCCUUCCACUCCCACAGACCAGCCUGUCACCCACAAACCCACAUCUCGGGCCACUCGGGGCAGGACACAGAGGGCUUCUGUCAAGACUCCCGAACCAGUUAUCGCCACAGCCCCUGCGCCCCAGCCUUCCACUCCCACAGACCAGCCUGUCACCCCCAAACCCACAUCUCAGGCCACUCGGGGCAGGACACUUAGGUCCUCUGUCAAAACCCCUGAACAAAAUGUCCCCACAGCCCCUGAGCUCCAGCCUUCUGCCCACACAGACCAGCCUGUCACCCCCAAACCCACAUCUCGGGCCCCUCAGGGCAGGACACUUAGGUCAUCUGCUAAGGCCCCUGAACCAGUUGUCCCCAUAACUCCUGAGCCCCAGCCUUCCACCUCUAAAGACCAGUCUCUCACCCCUGAGCCCACAUCUCAGGCCACUUGGGGCAGGACACAAAGGUCCUCUGUCAAGACAUCCCAGCCAACUGAACCCACAGCUCCUGACCUUGAACCUUCGUCCCCCACAGAGCAGCCUGUCACCCCCAAAGUCAUAGCUCAGGGUGGUCAGAGCAGGACACUAAGGUCUUCUACAGUAAGUGCUGUGCCAGUUCCUACCACCCCUGAAUCCCACUCUCCAGUGCCCACAGGAGAGCCUGUUCCCCCUGAGCCCAUCCCUGAAGCCAAUUGCAGCAGGAGGCCAAGGGCCGCUAGGAAACAUGGGUCUCUCACAGCUCACGUUCAUGAACCCUAUUCUGCACCCUCCGAACCUAACUCCCAGUCUUCAAGGAACCAGAGACGAGGGGCAGUGAGAGCAGCCGAGUCCCUUAGCACCAUUCCUGAGCCUGCCUUUGCCCAGCUUCCCGAGGCACCCACUCGUGCUCCCCAGAUCCCAAAGGGGGAGGCAGCAGAUAGAUCUGGCUUCACCCCAGAGCCCCAGCCUGAGGCCUCUCAAAAUCGCAAGAGGCCUUUAGCUACUGCGGACUCACCUCCACUUCAAAAACGGCUCCAAAGAGAAGUUCCCCAGAAGACAGCAUUCCUCAAGGAAGAAGAAGAAAAUCCUGCAGCGAAGCUGAGGAAGGAAGAGGAUGUAGUGAUUCCAGGACCAGGCAAGAGAAAGAGAGAGCAGACAGAGGAGGAGCCCCAGGAAAUACCAAGCCGCAGCCUGCGACGGACCAAACCUCUCCAAGAGUCCACGGCCCCCAAAGUGCUCUUCACAGGCGUGGUGGAUGCUCAUGGAGAGCGGGCAGUGCUGGCCCUGGGGGGCAGUCUGGCCAGCUCAGUGGCUGAGGCUUCCCACCUGGUGACAGAUCGGAUCCGCCGGACAGUCAAGUUCCUGUGUGCCCUGGGGCGGGGCAUCCCCAUCCUCUCCCUGGACUGGCUGCACCAGUCCCACAAGGCAGGUUGCUUCUUGCCCCCGGCUGAAUAUGUGGUGACUGAUCCUGAGCAGGAGAAGAACUUUGGCUUCAGCCUUCGGGAGGCCCUGAGCCGGGCUCGGGAGCGAAGGCUGCUGGAGGGCUACGAGAUUCACGUGACCCCAGGAGUCCAGCCACCACCACCUCAGAUGGGAGAGAUCAUCAGCUGCUGUGGAGGCACUGUCCUACCCAGCAUGCCCCGGUCCUAUAAGCCUCAGAGAGUUGUGAUUACAUGUUCCCAGGACUUCCCUCGAUGUGCCAUUCCAUUUCGGGUUGGGCUGCCCAUCCUCUCACCUGAGUUCCUGCUCACAGGAGUACUAAAGCAGGAAGCCAAGCCAGAGGCCUUUGUCCUCUCCAGUUUGGAAGUGUCAUCCACCUGAAAACCCCACCCCAGUAUGCUUUUCCUCCCAGACCAAUAUAUAAAGUGUUAGAAAUAUUUGGAAGAAAGAACUUAGGGCUUUAGAAAGGAUUGGGGUGUACUGAUCUGAUUUGUCUUGGAACAUGGGUGGGGCUGAAAAGCUUGCUGGUAAACAAAGACAGGGAGAUUGGGAGCCACAGUUUUCUUAAAUGGCCUCUUAAAGUCGGCCAAUCCCGUGCUCAGAUAUCUUAAGUCGCCGCUCACAUUUAGCCGGACUGAUGUGCUUAUUGCUCUAUGGCGCGCACAGUGUCCUGCUUCCUGUUUGGAAACCAUUUGUUUCUCCUCUUCUUUUCUUACUGGGAUUCUUACCCUGCAAAAGAUAGUGGAAACAAUUUUAGUGUCCAGAACUUGAAAGAAUGCUUGGAGUGAGUAAAUUUGAGGGUGGAGUUAUGGAAUGCUACUAAAAUAUUUUCCCCUCUCCUUGCCCCAUCUCGUUAGAAGCAUCCUUUAGCUUUGACGUUGAGCAAAUCUCUGCCCUUUUUUUUUUUUCCUGGCCUGCUUUUCCAGUAUUUAUAAAGUUACCUUAGGCUUAACCUCUGUGAUAAAUAAAUAUUCACUAUGUGCCUUA